AUGCAGGUGUCAUAUUUCUAUGACCCGGACAUUGGGACUUUCUACUAUGGCCCCAACCAUCCCAUGAAGCCGCACCGCAUCACUCUCACCAACAAUCUCAUUCUGCACUACGGCCUGUACAACAUGCUCGAGUCGUACAAGCCGCGCAAGGCAACUGGAGAAGACAUGGUGGACUUUCACAGCGAGGAGUACAUUAACUUCCUGCAGAGCGUCACCCCUCAGAACAAGGAUCAGUAUGCAAAGCAGAUGCAGAUGUUCAAUGUGGGCGAGGACUGCCCAGUCUUCAGCGGCCAGUUCAGGUUCUGCCAGUUAUAUGCGGGAGGGUCCAUUGGAGGUGCUGUAAAGCUCAACUAUGGACUGUCAGAUGUGGUCAUCAACUGGGCGGGGGGACUGCACCACGCCAAAAAAAGCGAGGCGAGCGGCUUCUGCUAUGUGAAUGAUAUAGUGCUGGCGAUUCUGGAGCUGCUGAAGUACAACGCGCGUGUGCUCUACAUCGACAUAGACAUCCACCAUGGCGACGGCGUGGAGGAGGCCUUCAUGAUGACCGACAAAGUGAUGACUGUCAGCUUCCACAAAUAUGGCGGCGGCUUCUUCCCCGGCACCGGCGACCUCGGCAGCGUCGGCCGCGGCCAGGGCAAGCACCACUCGAUCAAUGUGCCGCUCAAAGAUGGCAUGACGGAUACGGCUUACGAAAUGCUGUUCAAACCGGUCAUGCGGCGAGUCGUGGACGUCUACCAGCCAGAAGUCAUCGUCUUCCAGAGCGGCGCAGACUCGCUCGCGGGCGACAAGCUGGGAGCCUUCAACCUGUUGCUGACGCUCUUGCUGCGUCACGCUUUGCAGGGUCACGCGGAGUGUCAGCAGUACAUGAUGUCAUUCGGGCUGCCCAUGCUGGUCCUGGGCGGGGGCGGCUACAACAUUGCCAGCGUGGCGCGCUGCUGGGCCUACGAGACAGGCCGCAUCCUCGGCGUGGAGUUGGAGGACGAGCUGCCGGAGAACGACCACCAGAGCCUGUUCCAGCCGGGCGCCAAGCUGCACCUGCCGCUGCCGGAGAACCUGGAGAACCUCAACACGCGCCAGUACCUGGAAAAUCUGCAGCGCAAAAUCUUCGUCAACAUCGCCCGGAUCGGAUCGGCGACGGGGCAAGAGUUCCGGGAGCGGCCGCCGGACGCGAUGGCGCCCGAGGACAUGGAGACAGAAGGCCCCAGCGACGAAGCCGAUGACUCAUCGCCUCCGGAAGGUGACUCAGCAUGGCCGGGCGGUGACUCAGGGCAGCGCGCGCAGCUGUGGGACGGCCGCGGCCGGUUCGAGGAUGCGCCCCUGGAGACAGGACCCGGCAGCAGCGGCCGCGCGCGUAUUGACCUGGACUACAGCCGGGGUGAGUUGAUCUGA